GGGGCCGCUACUAGCGGAAACUACGAGUCCCAGCAUGCCUCGCUACCAGCGCUCGUCUGUAGUCGUGGUAGGACGGUCGCAUGAAGCUCUGGGACUCGUAGUUCUACACUUGGCUGGCGCACACUAGUGUAUAUACAUAGAACAGAAGCGGUGAAGGGAUCUCUACUUAUCAUGGCCGGGAGCGGGGGGGUCGUGUGUGGAUGACGUGACAUCAUACGUGUGUGUGUACAUCAGGCGGGGUUAGAGGAUUUGGCGGGAUAGUCAGAUUUCAUUGUGUCUCUCUCCAUCAUGCCGCUCACCCCUGUGCCCUCAUCUCCCGCCAAACGACCAAAAGAAGAUCUCAGUGACGGCUCCGCUGCGGUACUGCGCUUCGCCAAGUUGUCUGAACAUGCGUUUACUCCUACCAGGGGCUCUGCCCGGGCUGCGGGCUAUGAUCUGUACAGUGCUUACGAUUACGUGAUUGAUUCACAAGAUAAAGCCAUAGUAAAAACUGACAUCCAGAUUUGUGUUCCCAGUGGAUGCUACGGGAGAGUCGCUCCACGAUCUGGUUUGGCGGCUAAACAUUUUAUUGAUGUUGGAGCGGGUGUUAUUGAUGAAGACUACAGAGGAAAUGUUGGUGUUGUGCUAUUUAAUUUUGGAAAAGAGCCUUUUGUUGUUAAAAAAGGUGACAGAGUAGCUCAGCUGAUUUGUGAACGCAUAGUCUAUCCUGAACUUGAGGAACUAAAAGUUCUAGAUGAUACAGAGCGAGGUGCUGGAGGUUUUGGAUCAACUGGUCAAAAUUAACUUAUCGAGAUGACACUUUAUAUAGUCUGGGUGUUGCCUAGCCAGUCUGCCCUACACCAUGUAAGGGAUGAAUUCUCAAGUAUAUAUAUUUUUUUUAAACACACUGAAAAGGAUCCAUAUUUUGUGUUACUCUACGUUAGAAGAUAUGAUAUAACUGUGCACAUAAAGGUCAUACAUGAAAGCUUAAACUUUUGUUUAUAAAUGUUUGUCAGUAUGUGGUGUCCCAAAAAAUAAUAAAGUAUAUAUUGAUUUUUAUUUU